AUGAUCACUGACAGGGAAUUGGCAGAUAUUUUGACAGCGGAGGGUUUGGCGGGAAGGGGUGGUAGUGGCAGUGGCAGUGGGAGCACACAUCCACCGCCUAUCAAUCAACGCUUUCUUCUUAACACGCUUAGAUCAGUCGAUGAUCACAAUAAGGGCGUGACUGGGAGUGGGAGUGGGAGCGGCAGUGCCAGUACCAGUGUCAGUACUAACACAAACACCAAUAAUAUUCCCGGGGCCACCUCUCCAAAUCACUCAGACCAACGCACACCCGACAGUAGAUCAUUCGCUGACUUCCAAAAGAAGAAGCGCAGGAGAGUGGAUGAUAAGCCAUCUAAAAAUUCUAGAAAAACCUCGAGAGAAACCACGACUAUACCCUCGAAAAUGGAUAAAUACUUUGAACACGACUAUGAUCCAGCCAUUGAUUUCACUCCUCCGGAAGACGCAAAUGAAAUGGAUUUUGACGCAUGGAAUACCAUGCUUGAUACUAUCGAUCUGCGUAAUAAACGGAGGCGGCAGCGUGAGGCUGAGCUCUGGGAGGAGGAGAAGCAUCGUCAACGUCAUCGCAGUAAUCAGCAGCUAGGCAGGGAGAAGGCUAAAGUGGCUAAAUUACUUGGACCAGAUGCAGAGAAGGAGUACAAAUCGCGUAAAAGGGAGGAGAAGAGGAUAAGGAAGGAGCAAACGCGUGAGAGUAUAAAGUUACAAGCAAUAAAUAGUGUGGGUAGCUAUAAUGAGGAUAAUAAAUCAGAUGACUUGUUCAAUAUGGAAUAUUCAAAGAAGGGAUCAACUAGAGCAUGGGAUGUUGGUAAGGAAUAG